AUGCAACAGGUUGAGGAGCUCAGGCGAAGAACGGAUGAGGGGAAGGAUCGCAUCAGACAGGCGAAAAUCGCGAUGCAGCGCACAUGGUGGGAUCAUUUGGUGGAGCAUGUUAGCUCGUCAGCGCCAGCAGCGGGCCACAUGGCAGUAUCCACGGCGCCAUUCUUUCAGGAUGUGCCCGAUCGUGCAUUGUCAGGCCUACUCCCAUCGGAAGAUGUGGACUCCAAGACUUUGUGGAAAGCUCUUGAAGAAGGUAUGCCAAACCUCAACCGGCGAAGGAGGAAGGCACUUCAUCGAGCAUCCAAUUGGGUUGUUCACUUGUUUGCGGGCCCUGGCUCGCACAAGGCUUUCAAACGAUUGGAGUCGCAGGAUACAGUUGUUGUUGAGCUUGACAUUUGCCGCUCAAGGAGCCAAGAUCUUUACCAUGAUCCGCUUUGGACGCUUCUUGCUAAGGUUGCAAAGUUGGGACGAGUUGCGGCGGUCAUUGGAGGUCCACCAACCCGCACGUGGUCCAUGUCAGGGCACCGCGCCGAUGGACCACAUCCACUCCGCUCGCCCACUGAACCGUUUGGCCUGAGCACUCUCACCUCUGACGAGCGUGAUCUCGUUGAUCGUGAUACGGGUUUGUAUGUAUCGCAGGUUUGUGGUAGCGCCGACAGCCGUGUGUCUCCAGUGUGGGCGCCGGGGUUUGUGCAAGCCAUCGUGUACGCACUCCAACGUUGGCCCUGUUACCGCAUCAUGAAAUUCACCCAAGCGGAUUGGGAACAGCAUGUUGCGAACAAUCACGUGCCGUACCGCCGUGAUUGUGCAGUUUGCGUGCACGGUGCCGGAAACGGCCGCCGCCACCACGGUGUAGUUCACCCGGAUGUGUAUUGCAUGUCAGCCGACAUUGCGGGGCCCAUCCGUGUGAAGGGCAAAGACCCAGAAAGCCGCAACCACCGACCAGCCACGUUCAAGUACUUCCUCGCUGUGUCGUACCGCUUCCCACGGCUCAAAGGAGUGAAGGAGGAGUCAGACCCCAGCCAAACCGAGGGGUUUGAUGAUGCAGCACUCCUCCCGGGAGGGACGGAUGACCUUGCAGAUGAGGCCUUUCCCGCAGCAGAAGGCCCCCCGCACGAGGAUUACGAGGACUCCCUGUACGAGCCAAGUUUAGCGGAAGAAGAGGAGGAGGGGGAAGGUGAAGGAGUUGAAGGGCCUAGGGAGUUUGCAGCCAAAGUUGCCGAGGAGCAUCCCUGGGAGUCAGCCAGGUGUGAACUCGAAACACCGCCUGACAUGGCGAGGCUGGUGUUUGCAGUGCCACUUCACACAAACAAGGGAGACUCGCUUGAGGAGGAGCACACACCACCUCCACGCAGGGUUCGCGGCAAGCGGUCUGCUGGUGUGAGACUUGACGACGUCUUUGCACUUGACCCGCCGCCUCCCUUGCCGCCGCCAGCAGAAGCUCCACACCCGGAAGGGCCUGUGUCACCGGUUGAGGAGGAGUCUGCCCGUGUAGCGCGCUUGAGUCUGCAAGACCUCGAAGGUUUAGCUACGGAGCUUAUCGAGGACGACUGGGACCUUGAUGAAGCGUUGUGGGUGUUAGCCGAAGUGUGCAGAGCAGCGCCCCAGCUGCAACACAAAGCUGGGUUGUACCGUCACGGAGGUGUCGUAGGAGUUUUAGGGGGUACCACAGAUAAGCCUUGGCUGACAGAGCUUAUGAAUAUGGUGCUUUCCGCAGUUGCACCCACAGCUGAGUACACCUCGCUUUGGUUGUCUAAUUCCACUGUUCAACCCGUGCACGCCGACCACCACAACCUGCAGGGAUCCACAAAUGUAGUCCUCCCUUUGAAGCUCCCGCCUAACGGAGGGGAUUUGUGGAUAGAACUCAAGCCUGGUGACCUAGUCAGUGGCCCUGUAGAGGAGCGGGUAGACGGCAAAGGUACUGUCGAGCUGGAGGUGUCGUGGAACCUGAAACACUCGCCGGACCAAAGGCGAACCCAGUCUGAGCACGCCCUGCUGGCUUGCCAACCAGACACCGAGACACAGGUUGAGGAGGAGGAGGAGGGCUUAAGCGAAGACUCCUUGCCGGAACAACCAGUGCUGUGGGAGUUGUGGGUUCCACACCCGCAGACAGGUGAGCAGCUGUGUGUUCUCAGGUCUGACGACUCGGACGCGAGUGAAGCUUGUGCCCUUUGCAAGUCUGAGCCGGUUUACACUACCAACGUAGAGCUGUUGCUUGACGGGUUGCAAGAACCACUGCAGGUAGUCCACACUGUAGACCCUCGGGAUGCAGAGCAAUGCAUCGAGAAGUGGAUGCCGUCCAUUCACAAGGAGAUCGGUGUCAUUGAGAAGGCUGUGCGGCGACUGCCCCCUGCAGAGGUCCGUUCCGGAGGUUGGCUAAAGCGCAAGGAAGUGAAGGUGGUUCCGUCUAAAUUUGUGUUCACAGUCAAGCCACCAGACCCUGCUGAAGCCUCCCUCGCUACCCGGAAGGGUCAGGCUUACCACAAGCGCAAGGCUCGCCUGGCCUACAGUGAAACUCAAGCUGUGGGCACUGGGACCGUGGCGCAGCAAGACCUGCAGCUGAGUGCCUUCGCUGUCCUGCUCGCCUUCUUUCAGGUCGUAGGUGCUGCCAGCCAGACAACGGACGAGGAAGAAGACUUGUCUCUCCCCGUGUCGCUUGAUGCAGAUUUGAUGUUGGCAGUAUCCAUCAUCUGCAUUGGUAUCUGCUUCAUUGCAGUGUGGGAGUUCUUCAAGUGGUGCCUUCAAGGCAUCAUCUCCCGCCGAGAGGCAGGGACACCCGUGUUGUCUCUGAGCCCCCGCAAGGCGCGCAAGUUACAGCGCUUUCGAGAUCAAACUGCGCAGGCCAUCCAGGCCGAGAUCUCUGCACGUGAGGAGGCAGCAAGCUCGCAGUCUGUGGAGCACCAACGCGUUACUUUGCAUCACCCGAAGGGUUUGUUGAGUUUCAAGUGUGCCAGCAGUGCCACGGGAGCGCUGCAGACCACACCCAGCACAGCACAGGGUAGGAACUACUCCACCCUAACGGGUUGGAUCUCUCAGUGA